UCACGACCAAAAUGGGCGUGGCCAAGACCGCCCCUCCCCCCGUUUUUGGGGAUUCCCCGCUCGCUUCCGCUCCCGCGGCGACUCCAGCGGGGCCCAAAACCUUUUUUUGUAUUUGAGGGGGGGGUCCCCCAAAAAAUCCGGGACCCCCCGAUGGCCGAGGAGCUGCCGGUGGAUCUGCGCACGCGCCGCCCCCCAAACCCCCCCAGAGCCCCCCAAAAACGCCGCCCCUCCCCCACCCCCCGAGACUUCGCUGCCGCUCCGGAAGCGCCGCUCGGUUCUGGGGGGAGGGGCAGGGGGGGGAGACCCCCGAAUUUUGGGGGGAACCCCCCCCGAACCCCCAAAUUCGGCCGCCCCCCGGCGGGAAAAAGCCCCAAAUUCGCCAUCGGCACAGGUUCGAGGGCGGAGCCUCCGCUGCCGUUUUUGGGGGGAGGGGGAAUGUUGGGGGUCGCCCCUCCCCCCCUUUUGGCCUCCCCCAAUUUGGGGGUCCCCCCCGAGCCCCCCUUGGCCGCCGCCAUCGCCGCCGCCACCCGGCAGGACGAGGACGGCGACACGCCGCUACACAUCGCGGUGGCGCAGGGCGCGCUGGCCGUGUCGCGCCGCUUGGUGGCGCUGUUCCUGCGGGGGGGGCGCGACCUGGACGUCUACAACCACCUGAGACAGACCCCCCUGCACCUGGCGGUGAUCACGGGCCAGGUGUCCCUUGUCCGCCUCCUGGUGGCUCACGGCGCGUCCCCGAUGUGUCCCGACCGCCUGGGCCGCACCUGCGCUCACCUGGCCUGCGGCUCUCACCUGCCGGGGGGCGGGGCCACGGCCGGGCCACGCCCCCGAGUCCUGCGCGAGCUCCUGCGGAGCCCCGGGCCCCCCCCGGACCUGCAGGCGCGAGACUACGAGGGGCUGACCCCCCUGCACGUGGCCGUGGCCUCGGGGUCCCGCGAGAGCGUCCUGCUGCUGCUGCAGCACGGCGCCGACGUCGACGCCGGGGACAUCAAGAGCGGCCGCUCGCCGCUGCUGCACGCGGUGGAGAACGACAGCCUGGAGAUGGCCGAGCUGCUGCUGCAGCACGGGGCCAGCGUGAACGCUCAGUCCUACGCCGGCUGCACCGCCCUGAAU